UCUUUGCAGUUAAUGGUAUGCCUUAUCCUGGAGAGGCAGAACCUGUGCAAGGAUUUGUGAUGAACUUCUCUACUGGAGAAAUAAUUGAUACUUUCAUUCCGCUUAGAAAGAACUUUGAGAUGCCACAUGAUGUUGUUGCUUCAGAAGAUAAAAAAGUAUUCAUUGGAGAUGUUCAUGCCAGAGCAGUGUGGAAGUUUGCAUCCACAGAAAAAAUGGAACAUCGGUCAGUUAAAAAGGCUGGUAUUGAGGUACAGGAAAUAAAAGAAUCAGAAACAAUUGUAGAAGCCAGAUUGAAAAACAACCCAGAAUCUGCAGACCCUCUAAAGAAGCAGGAAAAACAACAUUUGGUCCAACAGACCAGCACUGGAGUUUCCUUUGUUCUUAUUACAACUCUUCUAAUUAUCCCUGUUGUUGUUCUGCUGGCAAUUUUAGUAUUUAUCCGAUGGAGGAAGACAACUGUCUAUGGAGCUGAUGGGGAGCACAAACUUGAUUCCAGUUCAGGCAGAAUUUUAGGCAGACUUAAAGGGAAAGGCGGUGGUGGUCUUAAUCUUGGGAACUUCUUUGCAAGUCACAAAGGCUACAGCCGAAAAGGGUUUGACCGACUGAACACUGAAGGAAGUGAUCAAGAAAAAGAUGAAGAUGAUGGCACAGAUUCAGAGGAAGAGUGUUCAGCACCUCCACCCCCACCAGCACCUUCAUCAUCCUGAAACCAGCCUUGUACAAUUCAACCUAUAAUGUCAGAUUCCUUUUCCCUUAAGCACGUUUAAGAUUUUAUGUAUUUAAUUGUAAACUGUACUAGUCUGUGUGAGGCUGUACACUGGUUCCUUUGAUUUUUGUUUGGUUUUAGUUCUAUUUUUUAAGUGGAGGAGUGUGUGGAAGUUCCAUAUCAGUGCCAUUGUUUUUUUAUGUGAACAUCUUAAUAAAGCAAACAGUCUUCUAAUUGGGGCACUGAUUUAAAGCAGAAGUACUUUCUCAUAUCAAUUUGGGGAUCUUGUAAAUAAGUCUUACUAUCUGCUUCAUCAAAAUAUUUUUGCCAUAACUAUUCAGUUUUGCCAAUUUCUGUUUUGUGCCUUUCCUCUUCAAUGUCCUUAACCUGUUGCAGUACAGAGAAAAUACAGUGCCACAAGAAAAUUAAGCUGCUAAAUCUUCUUCUAUUUUUUUAAAAUCACUAACAUUAUAUUGCAUUGAAGGAAAGAAAAAAGUCUCUAAUUUUUUUUCUUCUUCCUAACUUGAUGUGUUUCUGGGAUGUCUUAUUUUUAGAUGGUAUCACUGUUAGAACACUAUUUUCAGAAGCUGAAUGUAAUUUGUGUAAUAAAGUAUUCGCAGAGCA